AUGGUGGACAAAAGCGAGGAAGAAGUGGUUUAUCAGCAACUCCGAGACCUUUGGAGCUCGUAUGUGCGGUGUAGUUCAUCACAGGUAAUGCAAACCAUUAGUGUAACUUUUUUGUUCUUGACUGGGAAAACAAUUUCCGCUCUUGAAAACUGGCGGAUCAACAGUUAAUAAUUUUCACUUACCCCAUUGAAAGAAAGGUUUGUUUCAGAAACUGAAAAAUGUUAAUGUCCGCAGUAAAGAAGUAUACGAGAAAAUUCACUGCUUGUCUCGGUUUGAGAUCCCAAACACUUAAUUACCUGGCUCAAAAUUGUCUUCAAAUGUGCUGAAAUGUGAUUAUCGACGCCGCCAUUUUGAUAGAAAACUCAGUAACCUGGCCUCACAUACAUGAAUUUCAGAAAUUUGUAAAAAUGUUUCUCUUUCGAGUUAUUUUUAUCUUUUUCUGAAGCAUCUCAGCAGGCCAGAAUCUUAAACCCUGGAAUCCUUGGAUUAUUUUCUCAAUCAUAGAACAUAGAUAAAGUUCCUGAGAAAAGUGUUUUAAAACUAUGGAAUCUCAUGAAUUGUACAAACCAGAUUUAUGUUGUCGUCUUGAAUAACUGAAGUGUAAUUUUUUAUGUGGCGUCAAGAUUAAGUGAAAUGUAUUUUAUUCAUUGUUGAUAGUUGCUGGAGAAGAGCAAAUUUCUGGAGCUAUUUAUGGUGCGAUUUUUGGCUGCCUACUGUGCUGAAAAAGGGGACUUGAAGAAAAUUUCCAGCUUUAUGUAAGUUGUACAACUAUCAAAAGUCUUUUUAAUACUGACUCUGAAGGUAUUUGAACCAUACCAUUAUGGCAGUUUGCAACAUUAAACUCGAAAGGUAACAAAUAUCCUUUGCUUAUUGUUACUUAAGAGAUAUUAAGCAUAUGACCAGUGCACCCUUGCAUAUAGAGGGAACUUAAAGAACCUCACAGUGCUGACUGUCUGUAAAUCAUGACCUUGUGCCAAAUAUUUUCCUGUCUGGCCCUCCCACUCAGUCAAUGUGUUUGUAAAUUUAUCAGUAACAUGAUAUUCCCAGGUUUCAAACCUUGACAACUGGCUAAUUUUAUAGUACAUAAUUCAAUCAGUAUAACUUGUCUGUAUACUUGAGGGAAUUUCAUGAUUAAAAAAUGUUGAAUAAUAUUUAUUUGGGUUCGUUUUUUAGUGAUGUCCAUAGCAUUAGCAAUGUUCUGACAAGUGAAUUCCAGUCUGCAAUUCUUCUAAGAUGUGAGGAUGAGAAUGAAAAGCCACUGGUUGACUUCCUUUGUCAUGGACAGGGUCUGCUUCUGUUACAGAUGUUGUGUAUUCUGGCAAGUAAGGUAAGGUACAAAGUUAUUAGAAUCCAGUUGUUCUAAGAGCUGAUUGCACUAUCCAAUGGAUAAAUCACUAUCCAGUGGAUAAGUGUUGACAAAAUGCUCUGCCAGGCCAGGUCAUCUGAUUUACUGUAUAUUCUCCAUACUUUUCUCUUUACAUGUUCUUUGGUACUGACAAGGAGAAUUUGUUUAACAGUCACAGCUUCAUAGAUUGGUGAUCAUUUAGUUUAUUCUCAUGAUGUUAAAGAAUGGUUCAGCAGUAUUUCUGUAAUGAGAAAUCUGAUGCUGGUUAUUCUUAGUAUUUUAAGGGUUAAUGAUAAGAUUUUGAUCUCAAAUCAUUGUUGUUCACAUAUUGAAUGAUAAAUCAAUAAUCCCAGCAAAAUUCAAAAUAGGAAACUAAAUGCAUACACAACUUCUUAACCCUUUAACCCUUUAAUCCUUUAACUCCCAGAUAAAAUUUUGUAAUUCUCCUUACUGUCAACCAUACAGUUCUUUCAAUGUUAGUUCAGAGAAUUUAGUAUGGGAUCAACUAAUUAUCCCCCAAUUGAUAUUUUUCUUUAUUCCCAACACUUAUCUAGUUGACAUUGUGUUGAUAUUGUAAGGAGAAAUUCUCUCUUGGUCACUCAUGGGAGUUAAAGGGUUAACUCCCAGAGUUGAUCUACUUGUAACUUCUCCUUGUGGUAAAGAGAAGAAACAAACUUAUCAGCUAGAGGAUGUUAUGUUAAUACAAACAGCAAAUCUCCUUUUUAAAUUUACAAGGAUCUUUAUGACAGUCAGUAGAGAGAAAUACUAAUUGGGUCAUGUGACUUAAAGGGUGAAUUUUAUGGAUUAUCAAUUGAUUGAUUGACAAAACAUUGAUCAAUUAGUAUUUUUUGUCUUUUGAUAUGGUUUUUUCAAUUUAACAGGUUGCUGGAUGCAGUUUAGAAUUGGCUAAUCUCCUUGUUUCCCUGCUGCCUGUGGUUCUUAGAGUACCUUUACAACAUUAUGACCAUCUUAAUGGUAAUGUUGGAGAUUUUAGGUUGUAGGGUUAUUUUACAUGUUUGGUAAUAAUAAUGAAUUAAUAUUCUAUUCUAAACAAGUCAGGAAGGGGUACCUGGGUACCUGUGCAUCUAUGCACAUUACAAAUAAACUGUGUUGUCUUUAUGUGCCAAAACACUUUUCAUUCAUACUACACCCAGGAGUAUGAAUGGGUAUGGGCUAAUUGUUGGAGAUGUCUGACAAAAUGUGAUGCAACCUUUUUGAUGGAUUGGAAUACCAGUGGGAAGGGGAAGGGGGGGGGGGCUGAGGGGUAGUAUCUGAUUGGGUGGGCCACUUGGCCCAAGUACAGACUUCGCCCACCUUUCAGAAAUUAGAUGAACUGGUAGCAAAAAUGGACAUGAAAAUGUUUGGUGAUUGAAAUUCACUAAAUGUUAUCUGCUCUUACCUCUUGCCUUAGGAUUAGAGCUAAUUUUUGCUGACUUUGAUGAUCACUGGUGGGACACCAAAAGCACAUCUUGUCACACAAACUUUGUGAAAGACAAAAUCCUCAGGCCUUUUCAGGAUCAUCUUGAGUUGAAGAUAAAUUCCAGUGUUCCUCAACAUGAAAGAACUGAAGCUGAUGAACUUGUAAAUGCUGGCAAAGCUCAAAGUGAUCAAGUGGAAUUACUACUCUCAGUCAAGAGCAGGACAGAAAGUCCCAAUACAACUGAAGACAGUGAUGUGUUCACAAGUGUAACAAGUGUAACAGACCUUGACAGUGCAUUGAGUACCAAUAUCAGUGAAUCUUCUGACCCUGAAAUCCCCAGCAGUGAUGUGACUGCCUAUACAUGCUCUGGAACAAAAAAUGAAACAGAACUUUCUAUCUUAAGCUCCACAACCAUGGUUCCUGAUGUAGAUGAGCAUGCUGUACAUACAGAUUCUUGUCUGUCUGUUAUCUCAUCAAGUCAUUGUAGCAUCAAUAACUUUGAACUGUCAAUCCUUCUUCUUGCGACGCUGGAAAACCUAACCUGUCAUGGCAGUGUAUCGCUCAGCGAUUGCAAUCUUCUAAUGCAUACCAGUGGUCAGCUCAUAGACAUUGUUCUCUCCCUCAGUGACACUAAAAACAAGAGUCCUGAGGUUUUUUGUGAGUGGGAACUUGGAGCAGCUACUUCAGUUCACUUAGCUACAUUAAGAACAGUAUUCUCAAUUCUCUGCACAACAUGUCGAAACCCAAAGGCAGCCAAACAACUGUCAAAGACCUCAUAUGUUCAGAAACUUUUGGAGAUGAUCGAAGAUGGUUGUCUGGACAAAGAAUUCCUAACACCCAUUCAACACUUUGAACUUGCUAAACUUGUUGCUGGUAUUAGUGACAAAGAAAAUGAACUUAACCCCAAACUUCUUGCUUCAGAUCUUUGGAGUGGUUUUCAAAAUGAGCUGCUGCUUGGUUGCUCUUUGCAUGGUCUCCUACUCUUUGUAAUGACAUGCAUUCAUUAUGGUACCUUAAUCAAUUCCACUCUUUACGUUCUGUGCCAUGAUAUUUUUGAGCAAUUUUCGUCCAGUAGAGGAUUUGAAUUCCUUGUUACCUUGCUUCUGAAACUGGAUGAAGUUUACUCACACGAGAUAGAUUUCGAGAGAAAGGGAAAUGACAUGAACUUUCGGUUAAAAUCUUUUUCUCAAAGAAUUGAACAGUACCCAAGAAGUCUCUCAAAUCGGGUUGUGAAGAAUUUAGGAAAAAUGAUUUCGAUGUUGAAAAAAAGCAAGACUUGCUGCAGAAGAGAAGCUGGCAGUAGAAAGACUUCAGUGGUCUCGUCUGGGAACCUUGUCACACAGAAUGAUGUUCAUGAAAUGUGUGGAGUGUACCUUCCGACUUCUGAGAUAGAGGAGAGUUCAGAGUCUGCAGCAGAUAUGGAGUAUGAAAAAGAGAGGCAAGACCAAUUGCCAGGUAUGAAAUAAGAGGUAACGGGGGCAGAUCCAGGGAUGCAGGGGUGUUUCUUUCCCCCCCCCCCCACUCCCUAAGGACCUGCCGCUUUCUGUUAUAGCUGGUGUUAUGCAAAACAAAACAAAACUAUGUGGUUUAUUGGCGUUGAAGUCAAACAUGAGACGGUGAUGAAGAAUUUAUUUUGACCGGCUUAAGAAAAGUAGCUUGGUACUGAAGUUUCGACGGUAACCCUUCUAUUCUUCAUUCAAAGCAGACGUCAAUUACGUAUUUACUGGCGCGCCCCCUUCAUGGGAGAAACCUGAAUCUGCCCCUGAACUUAGCGGCAUGUUCGAUACCUUUGUCAGAAUCGUUUGCUUGUAGGAGGUGUCUGCUUAUCCCAGGCUUGUUCAACGCUCUCUAGAGAUGAUAAACAGAGGCAGAAAAUAUAAAGAGCCGUCCAGACAGGUCGUACGUUGCUUAGGGGUUGGCGCGUCUACUUACGCCUGUGAAACCUCCGACCUCAAUCUUUUGGCAGCCACUCAUGGAAAAAAUAACUUACUGAAACCCCUGUUGUGCGGGUAUUGCACGGUGGCGAUUAUGUUGCUAUCUUACUUUUAGGGGCUAGUUUGUAUAUGUAGUUUGUAUAUGUUGCUCGUUACGUUUUACUUUCACCAUCAGAAGACCUCUGCACGGUUUUGAGACCUGCCAUAACGCUAUUGACAGUCUUCAAGGACAGCAGGAAUCCAAAGUUAAGAUUUAGCAUUCUGAACUGUUUGGAAAAAGUUGGAAUCUGCCACUGCGUCUCGCCAGAUGUAUUGGUGACAACUCUUCUCAACAGGUGAGGAUAUUUUAGAAAAUCUCUAAAAUGGUCACGGAUGGGGUCUAUGGAGGUUUCGCCCCAUUGCAUCAAACUCCUGUCUCUUCUAGAGUUCGCACCCACGAACAAGGUUGCACCCACCUUAACCAGUUUUUCCCCCAAAUCUUUGAAUUCGUUUCCCAACACGGCAGAAAAUAUUCCUCUUCUGUCUAUAUCCUAAUGUGUUUGAGUUAGAAUGUUUGGGGGCGAACUAAUAAAAAUGAGAACGAACUUGUUUUACAUCAGGGGGCGAACUUGCAAAGCUGGUAAGGGGCGAGACCUCCAGAAAAAGCCACUCGUGGUAGGCUCGGUGGUGUUAAAGUCAUUGAGACUGGAGGCAUAGUUUUGUGUUCUUGGGCACCGCACUUUGCUCUCACCUUACAGUGCCUUUGCCUCUCUGAAGUACUCUGUAAACGGUAGCAAUAAAAUUAUUAGGGAACCGGACAAAUUGGAUAUUGGCUGCUUACAAAACCCUAUCAUCUAGUUCAGGAACAGGAGCGUCAGUGGGGUAAGCUCUGUCAUCUAUGCGAGCCAGUCUCCCAUGCAGGUGUGUUUGACAACGAAAGUACAAUGUAUGCAUAAUUCUUUAUCUAUUUAUUCUCGCUUGCAGAUUUGUAGAACAGCCCAAGGACCUUCAAGAUGCCAUUCUCAGAAUUAUCAACCACAUGGUGCUCACAGAAAUUGACGUUAUGACUGAUAACUACGAUGUUCGUCGGUCACCGACUUCUCACUUUAAAAGGGGUCAAAGAUUCCGCACAAAGUCUACUAAACAAAGCCCUUGCAAAAGUGACAGUGGCUUCUCUGCCAAUGAUUUGAGUGUGCAAAUGAAAGAUCUGGUAAAAGAUGGGAAACCUAACUGGGCUGCUCUUUCACAAUACUGUGCUCUUAUGUCGUGCAAAGACACAGAUAUUGCUGUUAGAGUUGCUAAAGCUCUGAAGCCUUUGGCUAUUUUGGGAUCGAAACAUCUGAAGGCUGAGCUUUUCCGCAUGGUGGUUCUCCCGUGCAUGUUGCGCUGCGAUGGAAUCUUCACUGAUGAAGUUGCUGAGCCGCUAAGAAAGAUCAGAGCAAGGACUUGGACAGGAACAUUUACGUCGGAGUGGCUUGGGCAGCGAGCCAAAUCAGUCAGGGGGAGUACUUUUUCCGGCUUUAAAACUGAGCUCGGCAGCUUAGACCUUUCGGAACAGGUCCAUGGACACGAUGAAAUUUGUGCAGAGGUUCUUGAACUUUGUAUUGGGAUGUUAACCUCACUUCUCACUGGCUCGGAGUCUCGAGCACUGUUUCUAAACUGCGGUGGCUUAAAUGAACUACAGAGCUUUCUGGCAUUACCACAGCUUCAAGAACCAGUUUUGCUUGUGUUGGAGUUCUUGGCUAAUGUUGAAAAUCAAGAAGCAACGGGGAAGCGACCCUAUACAGAGAGUGACGACCUCAGUGCAGGAUCUCUAGACUCAAGUGGAGAUAAAAGUGACAGCAAAGUCUGUUGCCGCAGCUUCCUUUCGUUACUUCAAUUCACCACAACACUUUCUGACAAAGCGAAGUCACCUGAACUGCCUCUUAUAGCCUCUUGCCAUCCUGUGGAAUCAUCAUUGAGGGUGUAUGUUUGGAGAUCGUGUCUUCGCCUACUGGUUUCAAAUGAGUUGUUUAGUGAACUGUUUCUCCAGGAUGAUGGAAUAGUUUCCAGUUGUGAAUUACUCCAUCUUUUGCUUGAAAUAUUUCGCGGUGAUUCUUUGACUCAUCACACAAGGAAGAAUCAAGCGAUUGAUAUUCAGUGCACCAAACAGCUUGUGUACUUGUUUGAGUCAGUUACGGCUAUUUGUAUCAGAAUGGCACACACUGAACAAUGGAGGUAUAAAGAGGUAAAAUUGCAUCAAGUAUAAGGGAAAUAUCAAGCUGAAUUUCCCAUUUCUCAUCAUUUGUUAAUCGUGUAGCUUUCAGAUGCGCUCUAUUUCCAUCUAAAUUAGUUACGAGAAAUUUGGUAAUGAAUCAAGACAACGUUGCAGAGCUUAAUAGUCUGUUCUUCCUACUUGUUUAUUGGAAAUAUUUAGAUUUUUUUAACGAUAAGUAACGUCGUACUCUCUUUUGGGAGUUACAGGGUUAGGGUAAUCCCUGUUAGAUUCUGUUAAAAUCUCUCCCGUUUUCGAUGAUUGCGGGAGUAUCAAGAACUUAUCAGUCUCACUCCAACAUCCAGCAUCUAUAGUGUAUUCGCUUACCACCAAAGAAUUCUGGUAACACAGGAGGUAGCUGUAACAUUUUUUUUGGGAGACCUGGCAAACUUUGAGUAACUUAGGAGGGAAUGUGUACAUUAUGGACUUUUGCUUGAUUCUCUCUUUGUUCAUGUUCGUGUAUACAUGUAAGUUAACAGCUUUGGAUAGUGAUACGUUGGCAGUUAUAGAAAUUGUUGUGUGCUAGGUAAUUUUUUCUACGACGGUACUUUAUUGGGUUAAAUUCUAUGCCAUAUUUUUGUUUACUAGGCACUUCCAAAUCUUGAUCAGCUGGUGGAAGAGGUGAAGAAAUUAUUCUCACACUCGGAGACUUUGCAGAGAUACCUUAGCAAAGGACUGACUGAUUGUUUUCUCAAAGCAUCGACGUGGCAGCUGGAGGGGAGAGAGGGUUCUGUUUUGCUCGGAUCGGAAAUUAGACGACAAAAGGAUGUCGUUUUGAGGAAGACAAGCCAUGGGGAUAGUCAAGAGGUUCGCCUGAGAUUUUUUGUCGAUGUGUAUCUGCACAAAAUUGUUGAAGCGCAUGUCAACUGAUCCAAAGUGCUUGCUUAAUUUUGUUUUGACUUUUUUUGUAAUAAGUUUUACCUUCCACUGAUAAGCCAAUGCAUUAUUACAGUUUUGGUUAAAAAAUGCAAUCUGCCAGCCAAUGUAGGGCAUUUUAAGUUGUUGUAGGGUUAAAUGAUCCCAGCUAAAUGAGUAUUAGAGAGCAAAGAGGUCUGGGAAGUGGUAGAAACCUUUCCUUUACUUCAUUUUUCACCUUUCGUGAUCUAAUUUUGGAAUUUGGAGAAAUUAAUUCGAACAGGAAAGUUCUACGUGUGUUAUAGUGGUAAAGGGGUGCGUGGCUAAAAUAACUUUUUUCAGGACUCCGCUCAUUAUUUGCAAAAAUGAUAAUACGUCAAUCGCUCUUUGCUGUAGGAGUGGUCUAAUCUAUUGGAGGAUGAUGACGACGAAACAGAUGGGAACCAAAAAGGCGGCGGAUCAGUGUUCGAGGAAGGUUACGAUGCAGAUCAAGAAGCUGACUCCGACAUGAGCGAUGAAACAGGACGGAAAUCUCCCGAUAGCAAGAAGCAGCCUAAACAAAAGAAACGAAGUCAAUUUCCUAAACAGCUUGAACAUAUUUUGAAGGGAUUGGUCGUUUACCCACGGAUUUGCAAUAUACUUUUUCAAUUAUUGCAGGUGUGCUAUGGCAGCAGAGUUAAAGCCGGAGAAUCUGAGAGGUAUGAACUUGCAGUUGACUUGUAAUUGAUUUUACAGAGUCACGAUCAUUGUUGGUCGUUGAGGAUCUAAAUAAGAAGUACGAAGAAAGGUAUUGCUUUAAACAGAUCAUUCGCCAUUGUACAUGUAGAUCGUUGGUAAAAUGGAGCCCGCCUUUUCUUCAUGUCUCCUAUUCUUUUCCUCAUUUUAGUGUGGGUGUGGUUUUCCAUGCUGUUGAAAACCUUCUUCUUCUACUCAACGAUUGUGAAGAAAAUUGUCGGCGUCUUUGUCAACAUGUAAGUGAAAUCAUACGAUCUGCACAAGGAGAGUUCUGAACUAUAGAUAACUUUGAUAACGCUGACACCUACGUAUUAAUUUCAAUAUUUACACUAUAUAAGAUAUUUUAACAUUCUUUGAACUUGCUCUUUCAGAGUUAAAUUUAGCAUAUCUUUGUUUUGUCUUUCACUCUCUUACUGAUCUAUAUUUCACGCCACCUUCUUUUCGUAUACAGGGAUUUGUUGGGGUGCUCCUUGAGUGCUUCGGUGAUGUAAUGACUAGACAGGAGCAGUCACUAAAAGGCAAGGCUUUUUUAUUCUUUAUUUCAGUGACUUAAGUUACUGGUAACUUUAUUCUACCGGUAUCUGUUGGGAAGUUCAAGUUUGACUUUACGCACCAAAACUUACAAAAUGUAGUCGAACGGCGCUUUUACCGUUCGGAACAAGGGUUCAGUACAAAGUGAGUUAUUUUUGCUUAGAAGAAUUGAGAAUGAGAAUAUGCGGCUGUGAAUACCAACUGAUAGAGGCCAGCCUGUAAUGCGACUAAGUGUCGGAACUGAUUCUUUACAAACGAUUAUAGAGGAAAAUCUUUUUGAAAUGAACUACUGGUGGAUCCUUUUUUUCCUCCGAAGCCUCACUACUCGCCCUCUUAACUCUCCCAUUUUAAUGUUUUUGCCGUUGCUGGAUAGAGCAAUUUUCAGUUGAGUGUUGAAAGAAAUCUGGGAUUGCGUAUUUUCGCUCACUCCUCUUUACUUUGGGAUUGGUCCAAUAUAUCGCGCUAUCCUUUAAAGCAAGCAAAUGCAAAACUAAAAUCAAUCGUAACUUGAUAACACGGUUUUACCCGCGCAGCGGGAAGUUUAUUUGUUUUUUUAAAUGAAUUCUGUUCAACUCUACCGUGCAAUAAUUCAGUUGGUAAAACAAUGUUCUUUUGAUUUUUAACUUCAUGUUGUUGUUUACUUUUACUUAAUUUAGGUCUUCAGACUCUUGUGAUGGAGGUGUUUGUUUGUCUUGCUUGUCACAACAUCACAGCCGCUGAACUGUGGGACUUCUUGGCAUUGUUUAAUUCCACAGAUCCUCCUGUGGUAAGGAAGUCUCAUAGGGAGCCAUAUCACUUGAAAUUUCUUGUAUCUUUUUACGAAGUUAAAGAAAACAAUUACUUUAAGAUAAACAACUCGAAAGAAGUAAAACCAAACCAAAACGUUGUCAAAAUAGUUACGGAUAGAGAUGAUUUCAAAGGAUUGUCAAUAAUCGUUUGAAAAACCUGAUCUACAUCCCUCGGUAUCUUUCUAGGCUGAUUUUGACUCCUAUCGUUUCAUGUUUCUGUAUUCGAGGAUAAUAGUCGUGUUUUAUAACUUGCCUGGCAAGAUAUGGAUAAAACGUCCUCCUUUUAGAAAUAUUCACUAGUUCCACUAGUGGUACUUUUCGUCCAUUCUCGGCAGACACGCAUUACUUUGGCUAAUGACAACGUUCUGUAGUAUAAAAUCUUUUAGUAAAACAUAGCUACAAACUUACAAAUAGCGAAAAAACUUCGUUAUGUGCCAUUGAUCUCAAUACUGUUAUUAGGCUUGAAUUGCACCUCGUCACCGUACAUGCUUUCCUUUGCAUUACCACACUGCUUUGACUGCAUAGUUAGCCAACUGUGGGUUUGUUCAAUUCAAGUUACAUUGCAACUGGAGCAUUCUAUUUAUAAUGCACAUAAUGAAAAUAUUUGAUAUCGAUUUGUCUUUGUGGUUUUCAGCACUUAUUAUCUUCAGCUUUAUCGGAGGUUGCUGCAAGAGCCAGUGCCAAUCCUGGUCCUGCUUUCCUGAUGUCAUUUCCAUGUAAAGCCAAGGAAUCGGAACAAAGAGCUACAACAGGUGGUACGAGUGGUAAAGCUUCCAGUGGAAGAGGGAAGGAAAUAAGAGGGAAAAAGUCUCUAAAAAUGUUAGUACCCAGGCCGCUAUUUGUGAGCCUUACAUCUAUGCAAAAUGUUGUUUUCCAUGUUACGUCAGCAUUUGAAUAAUUAUCGUGCGUAUUUCCAAAAGAAAUGUCAAAGUUUCACACACGAAGGCCAUUUGAAAUUGUGAUUUAUUGACAAAAAAGAUAUCGAAAGAAAUUGCUAAAAUCUUGAUCAUGCUAUCUACCUGGAUAACUGAAUGACAACUGAAAAUUUUCUCAAUGUUACGAUUCUUUUCUCUACUGUAGCGCGUCGUUCUCUCCACAACCAAGCGACGGUGACAAGUCCAGUGAGACAGACAGUAUACGAAGUGGUAGCUCUGCAAGCUCCAGCAGAUUUCAGGUCUCUGAGACUCUUGAUAAAUACCUUAAAAGAGACCAUAGAAAGGCAAAGUCCACGAUGGAAGGAUCAAAGCGCCGUUUGAGUUCCAAGCGAAGUACAAGAAAGCAACUUGGAAGCUCCCCCACCGCAUCGUGCUACUCUGCUGACUAUGAAUUAACAGAGGUACUUCACUUUCAAGGGCGGCCUCAUUUACCCUCGCCAUUUCAGUUGUUUGCUGUCCAGCUACCUUUUCAGGGCAGGCUUCCUCGCUCUGAGAGGGGCUUUAGCGUUGCCAUGUGGAUCUGCUUGAAUAGUCCCAUAUUGGGAAAUGGAGUGGACGACGUCUUCAAACAUCCAAGCGAAGAUUCGCAGAGACAGCUAGGAAAUUCUAUGGAAAGGACGAUGCUUUCUAGAAGGGAGAGAAUCGUCCAUUUGUGUUCGGUUGGUUCUGGAAAAAGCCUUUUUGAAAUUUGGACAUUUCCAUCUGAUAAAGCAGUUCUCAUAAGGUAUGUAUGGGUUAUCAGAGAAUGUCAGAGGGGGAAAACAGACCCAAAAAAAAAUUAAUCGAUCAAUCAUCCACACAAUUACCACAAUAACUCUUGGCGGCAAAAAAGCGGGAGCAAAGACGACUACUGCACGGAAGUUUAUGUGUUUGGACAGCUGUGAACGGUGGCGAGGACUCUCUGGUUCGAGUGCAGACAAUAUAAUUACUUUUACACUGUUUUUUGUGUGUGUGUGUGUGUCUGUUUGAUUUUGUUUUUGUUUUUGGGUGAUGGCAAUGUAGAUGGACCAAGAACCCCAAAAGCAGCAGUGGCUCUCUGAAAGUGCUAAAGCAACGAAUGAUUAGCUUACCAGCACUGACUAAAGGACAAUGGCACCAUCUGGUCAUAUCCUUUACCCAGCCAAAAGUGUUGGCUGAAGAGCAGAAGAAUACAGGGGCAGAUAGUUUACCUUCCUCAGAAGUAAGCCUUUAAAAGUUGUAUAAGAAGUAGGUUAGUGGUGGACGUUCCUUGAUAAAAUGAACCCCUGAGUCUUUACUUGUAUGAUUGAGGGACACCCUCAUGACUUCAAGAUCGCACCUUAAAUAAAAGUGUCCCUUUAUAAAGUUUAAUGGGGUAGACCAAAGCAAAGAUUAAAGAAACACCAGAAACACUUUUUGGAACGUUUCAGUUAGGAACUUAAGUGUUUUAUCGUAGAAUAGUGGUCUCUACUGAUUAGAAGUUCCUAGCUAAAGACACUCACUAAAUACUUUUUCCCUGUUUAACGCUUUUGAUGAAACGAUUAACACAACUUUUUUUUAUUCAACUACUGCAUCUUUCAUAUAUAAAUGAAAUUUAAACUUCUUUCCCACAGCUCCUCAUAGUGGUGGAUGGAACGGAAUCAGUGGUUCAUGACUUUGGCCCUCCCCUCCCAUACCACGAGGAAGCCAAAUUUACCCUGUCGACGUUGCUUCUUGGUCAUGUGACUUAUGGCGACGGCGAAAAAUCUCCAAAGGCAACUCUUCAUGAGGGAUAUCAGAUUGGCAGUGUGUUUGUUUUCGCAGGUAGGUUAAGUCUAUAGAGUUAGAACGGAAAGGAGAGCAGAAGAUAGAACUUACAGCUGAUUCAGAAAUAAAAGUACGGGGUAUGUUGGGUUUUGGAAAUAAUACUACAUUGCUGAUCCUGGCAGUGUGCAGGUCAAUUUUCUCAUUAGGACCUGCUAUAUAAGCCGGUUUUCCAAUGGGUUUCUCUUCGGUUCGGUUGGUAGAACGUCUGUCCUCGAAUUCUGAACUUGAUGGAGUCUAAUUCCUUGAAUUUGGUGGUUUCUUUUUUAAGCAUUUCCCUAGAGCAAUAAAACAUCCUGGGAUUCAUUGUAGUUUUCAACGUUGCUGCAAAUGAUCUGACUGAAUUGGUCAGACCCUCAUCUUCACAACUGAAAUCAACGGUAGUACAAUGAUUAUGCACGUAAUGUCGUUUCAGAGAAACCUUUCAAAAUCUCCAAGCCCGCAAAGCAGCAAUCCUCAUCAUCAAGUGAUUGGCUGGUACAGAAAGAAGAAGCAUUUUAUUUGUAUUCCCUUGGACCAAACAGCGCAAGCAUAGGGCAGCUUAGUAAAGACUUCAACAUUUUACCAAGUCAUACCUCAAACGAGUAAGUUGGCAACGUACUGUAGCUUAGGGCGUACAGACAACGUUUGUCUUGAGGCCAUCCCGCCAGCUUCUAAAGACAGGUGCUUAAUCCCCUGCAACCCAAACUACAAGGAAUCGUCUGGGAAAUAAAAAACAAAACAAACAAACACUGUUGUAGUGAUAGUGGACCGGACUGAAUAGAGGACAGUAGAGGUCUCUUAAUGUGUCAAAGUAACGUGUAUUAGGGAAUUAUUUAGUUUUCAACUCAACUGUCUUAGUGGUUAGCAAAGUUUUCCUUCACUUUCGACUUACCCUGCUCUCUUCACUUAACCUUUAGAAUGAUAUCGUUAUUUAUAAUACCACCUACACUUGUUUGGUUUAGUGUUAGUGUUUUAUUGUAACCCGCCAAAGUCUUUCUUUAAUACUAUUAAAUUUUAUAAGUAGUGAUUAAAAAAGAAGACAGUAUCGCACGAAAUUAAAAAAAAAAAAAAAACAUGAUUCCUCGUUAAAUAGUGCUGACCAAUAACAAACUAAGAUGGAAUUUCUAGCUUGUAAUUGUUCUAAAUAUCAUGAUACUUGUUUUAGCUCAGCGCAAUUGUUCAUGGAAGCAGCUAACUUAUGGUCUCGUCUAGCCAUUACUGAACAAGCUGUCGCGGCAAACUUACCUCCCGGUUUUCUCACGAGUCCUCAUGUCGUUGUACCUGAUCUCGAGUUGUCACUUAAGGUAAGGUACAAGAUUUAAUGCAAAUGAAAUUAAAAUCUAUUUUUACGUUUUGUAGUACAAAGCAAAAAUCAAUCUACGCAAUGUGAUAGUCUUUUCGAAGGAAGGCCAACCAAAUUAUUUACGCGCUUGACACUCGACCGAGUCCUUAACGUAAUUGUGGUGAUUCCUUGGACAAGACACUUUCACAAUACAUUCUCACGCACAUUCACAAUGGGUCCCUACCCUUUGAAGAGUGUACCAGCUUCCUUGUCAAUGUUGAGGCACAAGGCUCGCACGACCCCACACUUUACCCUAAAACAUCAGUAUGCAUAUCCUCCAUGAAUUUAUGUAAACAUUUCUUAUGGCACUGUUAGGGAGAUUUUUUUGACAAUCAAGAGCUUCUUAAAAUGGUGAUCAUUUUCCUUUUAUUCUCGUAACUGUUUUGUUUGAUUCAGUGGUCACACUGUAAUGUGAAACAAGAUGUUGGUUACUCUUAGACUUAAAGGUGUAGCGUUCUUUACUUCUGUAACCGUUUCUAUUGAAAGACGAGGUAUGUUUAUUUACAUUUUAGAAGCGGCUCGCUGUUGUGUACUCGCCUAUGUGUCCGUUGCGAUUCCAGCAGUAUUCUGAGCUGUUGACCAGCGAAGAAAGGCAAGAAAGACUAGCGUCUAUGAAUAUCACUGACCAGAGACUAAAACAAAGCGAGUACGAACCCUGGGAAGUUGAUGCCAGGGUCACUUCUGAUGUCGAAUCUCAACGGCAACAGACCAUUUUGGAAUCAGCUCAUGAUGUCGGUGGAAUUGGUGUCUUCAUUUUUCUUUUUGCUAAGGUUUGUACACGUUAAGAGCCAGCGUUUCAAAACAACAUAAAUAACUCAGAUAUGAGACUAGAUUAGUAGAGACGACUUCAAACGAAUAAAGGUCAUCUAGGAGAUGUUAUGGCCUGAACACACGUUUGUUUUAUUCUGUCCAUCAUCGUUCUUUCCAUUUAUGUGUCAAACUUAACGAACAUAAUUGACGAAGUUUCUUUGAACUAAUUUUCGGUUCAUUAUCUAUCCAGCUUGUAAGGUAUUUACUAAAACACUACUUCUUCCAACUCUUCUCCAUUGAAAACUUAUUGUAGACUUAACGAAAACCACAGCGCUAUUAAAAACAGGAAACUCUUGGAACCAUUCAAUGUUUUUCUUGGUGCUGCCAUUGUGACUGCUUUAAAAGGUUCCUACUGGCUAAGCCUGAGAAAAUCUCUCCACACAGGUGGUGGAACAAACACAAAAUGAAAAAACACAAGCGGAGGCUUUGUCAGUUGUUUUGUCGCUUCAGAGUUUCUCCGUCUUUCACGCCCGUGCCAUGGCCGAAGAGUCUGGGUUUGCAUUGCUAAAAAGGAUUCUGCUGUCUCCUGAGUGUAAGAUUGGUUACCAUACACUGAAGGUGAGUUCUUUGAUAAACGACCCAGAACCGCUCUCGUUUAUCUUUAUGCCGGAUCUUGUCCUGUUGGGUAGUAAGAUCCCAGUACAUGAGCACUACCCUUCAAUUGGUAACAGCCGUUUCCUGUGCAACUUGUUCAAAAGGUAGAACGCAAUCGUUUUAUGUUUAAAAACCACUCGAAUGAAUUCUACGUAAUCUCUUGCUUGAAAGCCCGGUAGACCGUUCGUUCUCGUGUCGAUUCCAAAAAUUCAGUAGAAAAUAUCACAAAUAUAUAUGUCUUAUUAUUAUUUUGUAUCAUAAUGUGUUGAAAGUUCAGAUUCGUGCGCUUGAAGUGAAGACGGCGGCCGUAUCACGGCAAUUUGUGGUUUUACUGGAUGAUCGUUUUGUUUCUUUGGCCGGGUAUAUGAAAACGAGAUACGCACGUCUCGUGCAAGUCUUAACCAGUUCCAUUCUUUUCACACUAGGUGCUUAUGGAAGCGGCUUGUAAUGGCGAUGUAUUCAAACCAACAAAUCUAGCCGAUGAUCCUAUAAUGCUGAACAUCGACUCCACUGCAGUGGUUCGGAACGUCGCCAUUUUCCAGCAUUUCCUGCUUAACUGGAAAAUAUGGGAGAGGGCCAAACAAGGCGUACUGGAAAUGCUGUUGGCCACUAUUGAAAUUUUGGUGCACGGAAGCCACAGUUAUUAUACUUUUAACAUCAUUCAGUUCCAGAAGGCACAGCUCGUGCAGCAAAUCCUGAUUGGAUGUCAGGUGAGAUUAUUUCAGAAGUGCAGUAAAGAAUUCUCGUUUGAAACUGAAAGCUUCUUUUGUCUUAAACUAUUCGGCUGCAAGACGCAUGAUUCGUUUUGACAACUCUCGCGUCCUUUAUUAUUUCUGGGGAAGGCAGUUUACUGAUUGCCUUCUCUCAGUUGGCGGAGGUUUCCGAUAGUGUUGUGUAGGUAACUGCAUGUUUCCUUAAAGAGCCCUACCCCACCUUCUACACGCUGAUAACAUGAACUAAUGUGAAUUAACCUAGCGAAAUAAGGUGACAAGAUAUAAAGCCCCAACAUGAAAGGGCACGGUCCUGUUAUUUACAGGGAUGUUAAUAACUUUUUCCACAAGCGCCUACCAAUGGUGCAAGGAGCGGCUGUGCCCAGUUGGCCGUGAAAGGUCUUUUAGGCGGCGGUAGACCGCUCAUAAGUGGCUUUUAUUGAAAACUUUUAGAAUUUCUCGCCAUUUUAUGAAAUGGAUUGAGGGGCAGGGAAACUUUUUCUGAUUUUGUAUUCCAUUCGUUACUUUCUUGAGAAACUUUCGCUUUUCACUUGACUUGGAUUUGUCGUUGCUUGACGUUCAAAGUUUUAAUCAAGAGACUUUUUAAUGGUAUAAAUAUUCCGCACAAUGACCUAACUUUAGUUAUGCAGAGUAUUGCUGCGUUUCGAAUUGUGGUGUGACUAUCAUCUUAUUGUUGUUUCACAGGAGAGACAGAGUGAAGAGUGCAAGGAAAUUCCACGAGUAAUAAGCUCCUCUUAUGUGAAUAUUAUACAGAAUAUCAUGGGUAAUCCGCCUGACUUAACGGUGUUGAAGUCUGUUUGUGAGUUCCUUAUUGCCGUUCACCCGACGAAGGACACCACUCGACUGGAUGCACCAAGCAGAUGUUAUCUUUGGGAACACUCUCUCGACUCGUGUAUGUAAAACACGUUUAUGUCGUUGUAGAUAGUCAAGCCAGCCUACUUUCUGCCUCCUCUUCCUUUCUUCCUACUAAUCCCUGAAAAAGAUGAUUGCAAAAGACAUAGUUAACUAAUAGAAAAACGGCCUUUUUCUCCCUAACGGAUAGGAACUCGUAACUUCACAACGAAUUUUUUUUUGGUCAAACCGCUUUACUCUGAGUUCCACUGCUCACCAAGGGUAAGAAUGGGUAUUAGUGGUAAGGUAAGGGUUAGAGGGGGAGGGGAUGGGGGGGGUGUUAAUUUUAAAGGAUCAGCAUUCCCUCAGGGGAAGUAACGUUACUCUUCGUCACCUCAUGCUAUGGAGACAAGGAUAAGGCUCGGUGACAUCUACAGGCUGGGUUCUGUAUGCAGCGUAUGCAGACUUAACUACCCCCCCUUAUAGUCUACUGAAAGUUUCGUUCCCAACCUUAAUUGUGGAGCCACCAUACACCAUUCUAAGACACUUGGACUCCUAAGAGCUUAAGACGGGAUGUUAAAGAUUGCUUUCGUUCGCAACUAUUAUUGGUACUUCGAUCUUCCUUUCACAAACAAGCCUGAAGCUCUCAAGCGUUCCUCUUCAGACGCUAAGAGAAGAAAGAGAAAAAGACAAUUAUGCUUGAAUUUAAUAACUGAGUUGAAAAUGUAAAUUGGCCACCGUAAAGAAUUAAAAGGCUGACGUUUCGAGCGUUAGCCCUUCGUUAGAGCGAUUGCUCCAAUCACUCUUACUUAGGGGUAACGCGCGGAACAUCAGCCUUUUAACUCUUUACGGUGGCCGUUUUACGUUUUUAAUUCAGUUGUCAAUGCUAAAUUACCUGCUAUACUCUCCCACAGACGUAGCACCACAGUGUCUUUAGAAACUUAUCCCUUUUAUUCACUGUUUUAUUGUUUCCUGGUAUGAUAGCAUUCGCUAUGUAGCGGCUAAAUAUCACUCUUCUGAAAACUUGUCCCUCUCCUGAACAUUCCAGAUGGAUUACUACCUGUUGUCCUCAGAUUAUGUUCAAAUAGCCCCCCUCUUUUUGCGUCGGCAGCUCUGGGUUCAAACCGUUCUUUGCCCGCGGCCAGUGGUGGCUCGAUUUCUUCUCCUCUUACCGCUCCAGUUCGCUCGAUACACUCACCAAGACCGUUUCAGUUCACCAGCCCAGGGAGGAACCCCUCAAGAAACCCAAUGAACCGGUCACUUAGUUUUGAGUCUAUUAAAAGCAAAGAUUUGCAAAGGUCACGUGCCAAUCUACAGAAUGAUCAAGAAAAGGGAAGGCUUUUGAAGAAGUCAUCCCGGAGUGUAACUGAACUCAGCAGAUCUGUUGCAUCAGGUUUAGAACCUGAUAGCCAACUUCACUGGAAUUUUCGUGAGGCGUCAAAGGGGACAAGGGACGACAAAGAUGUAUUUCAGUUUAGCGUCCCCAUGGAGGUGGCACCUGGGAGCUCUGGCAAGGCUUCUGUACCUACUGGAGGACUUGCCGUGCCUAAAGGAGACAGAAACUGUCGUGUCAUCGUUCCAAAGCAAGAGGCCGGUGAAGGGUUGUGUAGUAGUGCUCUUGUGCUGCACGAGAGCCACUUGAGAGAACCCGACCCCAGAAUGAGCCCCUCUCCAUUGACGAGCCCAGGCACACCCUUGGGCAUGUCUUACCCAGGAGUACGCACCAUUUCCGGCAGCAACCCAAUGGUGAUUAGGAACUAUGAAUCAGUCCCAAGUUACGAUGGACAGUCUAGUUUUGAUCCCACGGAGUAUGAUUUUAUAAACGAAUCUGAUUUCAGCUCUUUACAAAGUAGUGUGGUCAAUCCAAGUUCCCAUGAUGAUUACCUGGUGGUGGAAGGAUUCCCUGGGAUACAGUCAAGUACAAGGUAAGUGUUGAAGGGAGAAAGGCAUCUUAAUCUUCAAGACCUGUCUUAAAUAUCCUUAAUUGCACAAUUUUAUCUUCACAUAGCUUUUCAUAGAAUGUUCAGUUUCCAAAUGAAUGUCGAAAAACCAAAACCAAAACCAAACUAAUCAACGCAAUCAAUCAUAACAAAGAUCUAUUAUCAUUAUAUAUCAUCAACCAAUGAGAACUCUAUGUGACUUUUUCAUUAGUUUGCAUAUGAUUUUUUGAGAGGAUGACACGAGUUUCUGGACCAAUCAUAGAGCUAAGUUAAAUUAAACUAAAGAAUAUGAAUUACGUUUGACACUCAAUUGGAAACUCCUCAAAAGUACGGUGAAAUCUUUUUAGUGAAGAAAGGAGGGAAAGGGAAGAGAAGUAGGUGGAAUUUUGAAUCCAGAGGCUGAGUUUCAUGACAUUAGUUGUGUCACACACAGGACUUACUGCCCCACUCGUUCAGACAGCAUACAAGGCGUUGAUGUGAUGAUAACACUGAGAUUGGGUCUAAUGAAACUACUGGAGAAGAAACUGUUCAAUCUGCCAUCGGAGCAUGUGCCAGCAGUGAUUGGCGAGGUUCUCAAAGCUGAAUACAUAUUGGUGUGGGCUCAUCACGAUUCAGAUAAUGUCAGAGAACUUGCCAUCAGGGUGGGUUUUUUUUUUGUGUGAUUAUUGUGGACCUUUUUUGAUUGUCUUAGUAAAUUUUUCAGAGGAUCUUCCAAAAUUCCAUUAUUAUAUUUGGGAUUUUGUACUCCAGUGUCAUAGGCCAUCAAGAUUAAAGAUUUUAGCAAGUAUUUCUUUAGUUAGAUAGUGUUAUUUUGAAGCAUUCCUCUUAUGAAGUUACCAGAGGAUUAAUCUACUAUACUCUGGUUCAGAUUCUUUUCCAGUAUUUACAGAAGGCAGAGCCUAAACGUUGUGAGCAGUUCUUAAGAAUCCACGGUUUCCACCUGUUGGCGAACCAGGUGAGACAGUGUUUUACCAAAAGCAUAGUUCCUUUCUUAUUUGUACGUUCUAAACUAAAUGUGACGGUCUGUGGCCUUUCCCUACAUCUAGUUAAUUUGGAAAGCCGCAAAUCUUUACAACAAAAAUUUAUCUUUCAAAUCGGCACUCUAAAUUCCCACGGUAUCAGCGAACGCUUUUCAUUUAGUUAAUGUGAUCUCUUUUUAGCAUAUAACAAGCCAUAUACAAUUCUUAUUUAUGUGUUGUAGCUUCAUGAUCAUCCGGUGACAAAGCUGUUAAUAGAGGGCUGUCUGUCGCUUCUUGUGGAUCGUCCUGUUGACUUGAACAAAGACUAGUAAGUUCAACUUAUCUAUAUACAAACCUUUUGCCUCUUCCCACAGGCAGAUAUGUAAAUGGAACCAAAACUGCUGCGGAGACCUCCACUCAGAAGUGUCUCUUAGUAACGGGAGUAAAGCAGUAACAAAUAAUUCUUUCUGCGGAUAGAAAAUUGAAUAAUUUUUUUUCUUAAGGAGCUUGUUACUCUCUUUAAACCAAAGUCUGGUCUGUCUUUUUUGGUAUUAAUCAUUGAUGAUUAUUAAUUAUAUUGUUAUUUAUCAUUUAUGAUUAUUCGUUAUAUCUUGUGCUUAUCCACAGUAACUACUCAGGGGCAGAGGACAGAGACCUGGCCUCCUCUGUCCGCCUCAUGGGCGUGGUCCCUCUUAUGGCCCUGUUAGAGAACAGUGUGUUAAAGCCAUCUUUAUUUCAUCUUCUGAUCCAACAUUUGUGCCAGCUGUUCAUCAAAGUGGAUGACCUGUGCCUUCAGGCUGUCGAUCACGGGUUGUUGGAAACUGUGUGUAAUGUGAUCUAUGGACUUUGCACAUUACGACACAAACAGAGGUAGAAGAUUGUAACCUGGUCUGUUUUGAUCAUUAUAAUUAUUUAUUCGCCUCAUGUUUUUAUUGCCACGCAGGGGUUUCAAUAUUUCUUUCCAUGGCGGCUGCCGAUUGUGUAAUAGGCAGCUGUGUCCCGAAAGGGAACCUUUAGGUGAAAGUCAAACACGAGAGCCUGCUCGCACGCCAAACAGACGGCGGUAAGAGCUGUUAUAGGCAGUGAUAGACCGCCGAUAACAAACUGUUUGGAAGGAAGGCUAACUUUAGAAGUCAAAAUACUUGGAGGGCUAAAGCUAUAACACAGAUUUAUUAAGGGAAUUAAGUAGAUAAGAUAUGUUAUCAAGUAAAGAUGCUAAACUUUAUCACAAGAGUGAGACGAUAAAACUGAAUCGGGUUGAAUGCCCAUUUAGGACUUGACUUCUUUCCAGUUCCAAUUAUGAAGUCGGUAGCUUUACCGAGUCUUCAUAACUUGAUUGAAUGUGAGGCCGUUUAUUACCUUGAUACUGCAAAUUUGCUCGGUCCCCUCUUUAGGUUUGUCAGGAAUCCGAGUAACCUUCCAGACCUAGAUGCAGUAAUGGAAGACUUUCAGCAAUUUGUUGUGUGUAUUGUUAGGAAAGCAUGCAGGUAACAGAUAAUUAUGACCUAUCAUUAAAUUGUUUGCUUUGUAAUCCUUGGCCAAUUUCUCAAGCGACGGAUCCAACCGAUAAAAUGCUAUUGAGCAGAGAAUUGUACUGCGCUAUCCACUUGAUAGGAAUUGAUCCUGUAGCUUAGUGUUUUGUUCAUGCAACGAAAAUGAGAGAAUUACUAAGAUAAACGUCCGUCAAAUUAGCGUGUAUGAUUUUAUUUGAAGCGUAAUAGACCCAUGAAGACGUCGGUACAAUUUCUCAUUUUUUUAUCAAUAUUCUUAAACCAGGUUUAAAGUGAAAAUUAGAGUUAAGAGGUUUUGUCCAUUAAGUAAAUCCUAACAGUUUCAUUUCUUCUAAACUCAGCACCAACGGCAACCUUUAUUUUCAAAUGUUUGAAGAUAUGCUGAUCGCAUUAGAGAACCUGGAAGAACAGGAUCACAAAAAGAGAGGUGAGUCUCAUCUUUAAAAUGUUUGUGUUUCAGUUGAUUUCCGUGCAGGAGUUUGAAUGCCAUUUUUCUCUUUUACAUAGAUCACGAUCCUUCUACAUCAUACUGUGCUCGAUAUUUUCGUUUGUUCGCUAUUCAAGUGGCCUUACAUUUCUUCCAAGAAGUCAGUAAAGGGGAAGGACCUAUGGGAGGAAAGAAGAUAAAACCAUCUGGCUUGAGGUAAUGACACUGAAACAAAAGCAGCAACAAUAACAACAGCUAUUUUUAUUCAGUUUUAAUUCUCAAAACAAAAAUUACAGUUAGUCUGGCCUGGAGAUAGUUAGUGCUACCUUGGGCGCUUAAGUGUAUAAUUUAUAUUAUUGUUAUUAUCAUUAUUACUAUUAUUAUUCAUAUUAAUAUUGAUAAUAUUAUUAUUUAUCACAGUGGUAGUGCAUGCGAAUAGACUCUCUCAAGGACGCUUUUUUUAACGUUGUUAAAAGCUUAAUUCUAUCGAAAGAGGACCUUCAUAUUUGUUCUGGUUUUGGUAAUAUUAACUGCAGACACCAUAUUGCAAUUACAGUCACAAACGCUUAUCAUAAAGAGAGUGCUAUUUUUUAAGUUUUCAACGUUUAUGUGCCCUCAGAUUACCAUUUCGUGGACUAGAUAAUAACGUCGACCCAGUUCCCGCAUUCACUCCGGUCUCGUCUUGGAUCAACUUGGAUCGAGACCAGUUCAGAUUGUGCCUUGAUCCGAGCCAGCUCAAAGAGUCCCCAACAAGUGCAAAUUCUAAUGAACAGACGCGGCGUUUUCAGAUCACGUGCCAGUUGGCCGUGAACUCUAUAGUGUACUGCAAGACUUUCUUUCUCCCAGAGGACUUCAUUGCCUUUCAUUUCGAUUCUGUCGAGAUGGACGUCCAUGAGGCUUUGCGUCCAGGGAUGGUGCGAGUUGCCGGAGCAGCCAUUGAGAAGGAGUUUGCGCAGUUCGUGUUUAGUUUACUUUUGGAAAUUUUCGAUGCUUGUUUGGUAUGUAGGCACCUCAAACAGUCCCACUAGGCAUAGUUUAACUUACUCGAGAUAUUUGGAAUUAUAAACUAUUUAAAUUCUGGGUCUUAACGACAUUUUUGCUAACAUAACUUUACGUUGUUUGCGAUCGUCCAGCAACUUUCAUAGCUCGUAUAAUAGUAGUAGGCCCAAGUUUUCAAGGCAAGGAUUUAAUGAUAAUUUAUUUGGCUUACAAUUCUACUUAGCUAAUAGAAAAUUGUGAAUAAUUAUCAGGAUCAUGUUCAGUUUUGUUGUGUUUUAUCUCAAGGAUGGAAGAAAGCGAGAAAUUUAUAAACUCUUCAUCGUUUCUAAAGAUCAUUUGAAAGCACAGGUAAAUCCAUUGUUUUCUGAAAACACUUACUUACAGAUCUAUAACUUUUUCGACAACAACAGGCAAAGUUUCAUGUGCGUCGUUGUCCUGUUUCUUUCAGCUGGGCAAACUUCUAGUGUUCAUGUUGAAUCCAAGUCAAGAUUUGGACUUGUCGUGUUUCGCGCUCAAUCUCGUCCGCCAUCGACGUGCUAAAAAGAUUAUAGAGACUGUGCUGAGAACCAGUGGAGGAUCAAAGGUAAAGAUGAAAACAGGCAACUUUCGUGGAGCGGAGAUAACGCGAAUGACCAAGUUUAGAUUGAUUUUAGUUCGUUGAGAUGGUGGUGCUAAGUUUCCAAAUUAAACACAAUGCCAAGUAAAGCAAAACAAAAGCAAUCCUGGAUCAUUUUCGAUACUCAGUUGGAAAUUGUUUCACCUCCUUUUUCUUCUCUUCUUCUCUUUCUAGCUCCGUGAACGCGCAGCAGUAUAUGUUUUGAAGAUUCUCGAUGAUCCUGGUCUCACUCAGGAACAGAGAAAGAACGCUGAGAACUUUAAAGACCUGAUGUUGUCUUUGAACCUGCAGUCUAUGCGCUUGAACGUUGGCGACAGCAAACUUUCAAAUGACGAGGAGGUUAGUGUGCGAAAUAUUCGAAUAAUGCCUGUCCUGUGCUCCAGCUGAUGAUCAUCCUCCCGGCUCUCAACGCGUUUUACUCAAUUUAAAAGUUAUUUUUAUCUAAGAGUUGCUUUAUAUCUCAGUUCCAGACUUGGGAUUCCACAGGUAUGAUGCAAUGGCAAAAACAGAGAAGUGAUGGUUAUAAAAGGUAAUGGAACUCACUAUUCAUCUCAAUAUGGUUACUCUUUAUAUUCUCUUUUUAUAACUAGUUUUUCAUUUUCCCCUUUAAUACUGUGUUCAAAGCGAUUCUUCUUUCACCCACUUUUCGGGGUUUCCUAGAACUUAAAGAUGUAAUUUAACUUUUUUUGAUAAGAACAGGUAGGUCAAAAUUAAGGAUUCAAGCACUGGGAAGCAAUCACCACUCGUGGAAACAUUUUAUCAAAGUAGCGGGCCUCUAGGAGUUAUGGCAAAGUAAAGUACCCGAAACAAACCAGCAGUUUAGAUACAGUAUCCCUUAAAUUCGUGAAUUAUUGCAAAUAUCCCUUUGAAUUUAUUUCAAGACUUGAUAAGAGAACAGAGGAGCUUAGUGAAGCCAUAUCAGCGGUUGCUCAAGAUGUUACUAGAGUUGUGGUCGAGAUUCAGGACACAAAGCGCCAAGCCCUGCUCAAACAUGCAAGGGAUGCGCUUUCUGCUGAGGUCCAGAUUCGUAAAAGAUGGCGCCAACUCAUUGAACGACUUAUCCAUGAACGGUAAGCCGAAAUCACUCUUCUUCUUGUGGCAAAACAAUGAUACCCAAUAAUCAUUCGGUGAAAAUUUUGGUUUGUAGCGUAAGCUCCCAAGAUUUGAUUUGUAGUAACAUUCUCCCCGAACAUUUCACUGUAAGCUAGUUGACAGAGUACGGUGUUCUAUCAGCUGAAACCCCUUCUGCUGAUAAAUUUGUUCUUUGUAAUCUGCAGUGCUUGCUGCUCUUUGUUUUUGUUUUGAUAGUCUAAUCUAAGAAUAUCUUUAAGUAACUUGAAGUAGAUAGCUAUAACCACGCUUGGAAUAACAUGCUUGAGGAAUUAAUUGAUUUUCGUAAAAGACCUUAAAUAGUGUUCUCGUGCUAUGCGCGUUUUACUUUCUUUUAGAUCUGUGUGGUACGAUGUCGAGCACUUUCCUUCAUCUUGGAAACUGGACCCGACAGAGGGCCCAGACCGUGUGCGAUGUCGCCUUCAGCGGUUUCAUUUGGACGUAGAAGAGAAGUAUCUUAUGAAGGAAUACUGUGGCAAAAGUGAGAAAAUUUUUUUCAUCGGUGUUUUUCAUUGGUACAUUUCCGCCCUUAUUAUUAUUCCGACUAGUCGGUCCGCUCUGUUACUGAUCGGUUGAUGUGCUUUUUGAUCGUGGAAAUCCCCGUUUUGAGAAUUUUCAUCACUUUGUCUCCAUCGGUGUUCAUUAGGAUUAAUUCUCACGCGAAUGACUUCUUGAACGUUACGGGUGUAUGAGUAAGGGUCAUAGUCAUUAAAUUUAACCUUAGUUACAAAUAAGAACGUGUCCUGUUUUAUUGACCUAUUCUGAAACCACAGAGUGCAAGCAAGCCGUCUGCCUCUUUCAUGUGCUUUAAUUCUCUCGAUCAUCGCUCUACCUGUCUUUUCCGAUUUAUAUUUUGCCUCGUCGUCUGACGAAGACUACUACUGUAACAGUCGAAACGUUGCGAUCAUUGAACAAUAGCCUGUGGAAAAUACACUCAGUUAUUUGUGGACUUCUAACGAAAAAAAUUAUAUGACGAACUGUACCUGGACAUUCGCUGACGUGACUGACUAAAUUUUCUCGGCUUGACAGGUUGUUAUUUUUACAGUUUUAAUAAGUUUGGGGCUUUGCUGCGCGCUUUACGAGCUCCGCUUUAAAUUCACGGUAAGGCAGCGUCUUCCUCGGUGUCGCCGCCCUGACUGCCGACGGCUGAAAGCGGAUGGAGAGAAGUUAGAUUUCCGUCGUCCGCUGUUUACUAUAAGCGUCAUGCUUAACCCUUAACCUUUUUCUUUGUUUUCGAAAUAGCCGAAAACCGAAUGCUCCGUAGCACAAAAUGUUUGUGGAUGAUGAACAAAUGGAAUAGAGGUGCUUUCUGAAUAAGUGCAUUUCACCUCCAGGAGCCGUUCUUAAAACACUUUCUUAGUCAAAAUCUUAGCCACGCCCUUUUUAUUUUAUAGAGACAAAGGGCGGUAGCACUCCGUUGUCAUAUCUGUUUGAAGACACCACGACCUCAAUGAAGAAAAACGUAUACUAUAUCUUUGACACUCCUGAUACCAUUCGGUGAGUGGAGGCUUCCUUUGGAAGUUGAAGAUAUCUUAUCGAAUUUUGAACUUUUCCUAAGUGCAGGGAAAACAGUGAGACGCUACGGAUUCAAACAACUCACGAAUGACCAGAGAUUGAUGGUGGAUCACACUUGUAGACUGUUAAUGACUAAAAUCUCAGGUUAUUGAUUUGUGAAACACUUAAAGAAAUCGUAGAAGUGAUUCACAUCAAUGAAUUAUUUUUGUCAGUUUUUCGUAUGCUUUGAACUGAAAAUGUCCAUUGUGAAACUGUUUCAAUCGUUCCCAAGCUGUUAAAGACAUACUAAGGCCUGUUUGUUUGUUUUAGUUUUGGGUUUCUUUUGAUAUGUGUUUGUUUCUAUGGGUUUUAAUUGCUUCACCAGUUUUCUUCACCAUUGUAAGAACAUAACGCUGGACAGUAAAAUCAAAGGAGUUCUUCUAAUUGGUAAGUAACAAACAUUUUUCCUAUGUUGUCCCAUGCCAUUUUCUGACACGAGAAUGGAAAAAAAAGUUGACACUAUAUUGAUGUGAAAGGAUAGUCUUUUUUGGGACUGGUUUAUCAGUUUUUCUUUCAAUGUUUUGUUUGCAGGUGAAAGUCACAUGUAUUUUGUGGGUGAGGAGGCUACGCAGAGAGACACAGACAUUACACAAGUAGGAUUAUUUUCUCUCUUGAUAUCAUAUGUGGCACGUCUAGUAAAGCAAUCAUCUACCCAUGUGAGCUUAAAUUUAAACAAUUGCAGAAACAUUUAAAAUUUUCCCCAGCGACCUGAAGCUUUCAGAAAUUGAAGGAGUGAUAUUGAAUAUUGCACUUCUCUCUUUGUUCUUUAAGAUUUUGUUAGGCAAUAAGGAUGCCAUUUCCAUAUCCUGGCUCUACGAAGAAAUUCAAGAAAUACGAACUAGGAGAUAUUGCCUUCAGGUGGGCACGUGUUAAUGAAAGAUAGUUUUGUCAUGUGGAUGAAAGAUUUAUCCUGUAGCCAUGGAACAUCCGCUAGAUUUGGCUAUGAAAACAAAAUAAUGUACACAAUGGCUCAACUUAUGAGAUGCGGUUUACAAAGAUGUCGAGAGAUACACCUUGAUGUACGAACUAACGCUAACGAAACAACAUAGAGACCUUAAGAAAACCACGAUGGCGUUAGCAACGAAGACAUGGUAAAACAAAGGAUCACAUCGGUAGAGCAGUAGCUCAGCACGAGAGUUUUAACACGUUGUACACUUUCCAGCCGUCCUCUACAAAACAACAUCGUGAAAUCACCAAAAUUUGUGUAUCCCGAGAAUGGAAACCGACGGCAAAUUAUUCAAGUUUUUAUAUGGAAUUUAAUGCUGCUCACAUACGUUGUGCUGAAGUUUACCGUAAAAGACAGCAAACACCUCCAGUCACUGACGAAAUUGUAACUAACUAGAUAAGCUAAUUUUUUGCUUGACGUCUUCUUCGGCGUUGCCUUCCUGACUGCUUAAGGUACGUAAUAUCUACUCUUUCUUACUUAUGACAGGACAAUGGCUUGGAGAUUUUCCUUACCACUGGCCGGACGUAUUUAUUGGCAUUUGACACGAAAGAGGUACUUUAAGUUAAUUUCAUUUUAACUGGCUUUUCAUUGAUGAUCCUCAGACAUGAAAACGCCAGUGAAGCGAACUCAAAAAAUUUAUGUAAACCAGAAACAUUAGUUUCGUUCAGACCAGAGACCUUUUGAGUGGAUGUCGAAUUUCUUUCACCUUUUACUUUCACCAAAAACCUAUUUUUCGUUUUUGGUUUCAUUUUAUAACUUUUUAACACCGUGUUUGGCGCAAAUAUUUGUGUUCUGCUUAAUUAAAAUUGUUAACUGAAUUAACUUUUUUUAUUGGGGCUAAAGACUUUAAGAUCUUUCAUUUUCAUCCCCGUUUAAUAUAUUUUCUUCUGAAAGGAAACCUUUUGAUUAAAGUCUGUUUUUAUUAGGACCGCGAAAUAGUACUGGAACAGUUUAAACAGAGACAUCUGCCAUGUUACGAAGCGCCGCAAUACGAGCAUUUAAUGGCUCUAACAAACAGGUACGUCUGUUAGUAGGAAUGUUAUCCUUACCUAACAGAACGCUUUCGAUGAUUCUCAAGAAGCAGUGACUACUUCUCGUGUUUCCCCUACACUUCUUUCGUGCUCUAGCCGCUUCUUGCAUGAGCAUGCUUCACAGCAGAACAGAGUACAGUCAAAACUUCUUGAUUUGUUAAAUCCAUCGUCUGAAAGUGUUGCACUUGUUCUAACCAGGUGGCGGAUUGGACAGAUGACCAACUUUCAGUACCUUACAGAGCUGAACAAGAUGGCAGGUCGCUCGUUCAAUGACCUCAUGCAGUAUCCUGUGUUCCCUUUCGUGCUGGCUAACUUUGGAAGCGAGGUCCUGGAUCUGAACGACGUCACGAGUUUCCGGUAUUGAUAAGUUGUUUUCUUAUUACUUAAAUUAUAUAUAUUUAUUUAUAUAUUUCGAUUACAGUGAGUUAUGCAGAUAAAUGUUGGGCAACUUUAACACUGAGCAGUGAAAACACUAUAUCAAAGGGGUGGAUUUGAUUGCCUGUUCAUUUGAAAAAACUAAAUUCCUCUACAAGGGACCUAUUUGGCAAAAGAUGCAUACUGGAUAUGUGCUAACAAUAUAACUAAGGUAUUUCUAUUUUUAGUGACCUCUCUCGUCCAAUUGCCGUUCAAAAUCAGUCAAAGGAACGGAAGUAUCGAGAAAACUUUAGAGUAAGUGUUUUUUUUUCUUUUACUUCACGGUCAGACUGUAUCGAUGUCGAGGCAGCAAUACCGAAAGAGGUGCAGGGAAAAUAUUCCAUAAGCACGUAAAGCUAACACGUUUAGUUUUCACGUAGCUGUUGCAGGGGUUUUGUUCAAAGCCGGUUACCGCUGUCUGUUUCGCAGGCUCUCGUGUUUGGUUUUCGCCUUACGGCCCCAUUUUCGGACACAAUCACCCAUAACAUCAUUGGCAGCCGCUCAUGGAAAAAGUUAUUAAAUUCAUGCUGUUGUAGUUAAGAACAAAGUCGAGUCUUUGAGUUAAGACUGAAUGAGAUAUUUCUGAUAAAGUGUUUGUUAGUCUUUACGUGUGGAAUUCGCAAUGCGGAACGCUUGACGAGGAAUGCGUGACGUUUGACUGUUUGUGUCUUAGUGGCUAAAAGAGGAGUAUGAACGGAUGGAGGAAGAAGAUCCAAUGUCUGCCCCAUAUCAUUAUGGAUGCCAUUAUUCUAACAGUGGCACUGUUUUGCACUUUCUUGUUCGAAUGCCUCCGUUUACUAAAAUGUUUCUACAAUAUCAAGGUAAGUCAAACAAAAAUGGUAACCGUACUCUUGAAUGAAAUCGUCCCGUUCCCACUCCCUUUCCAUUUUGAUUCCUUUUUGUCCCCUUUUUGUCUAGUAAUUUGCAAAAUUACUCGAUGUUUUGGCGUUUUCACUGUUUUUUUUUUGUUUAUUUGUUUAAUGGAGAUUCUUUAUUCUUUGGCAGAUCGAAAUUUUGAUAUUCCUGAUCGUACGUUUCACUCUAUGGCAACAACGUGGCGUUUAUCGUCAUUUGAAUCUGCAACUGAUGUCAAAGAGCUCAUUCCAGAGUUCUUUUUCCUCCCAGAGUUCCUUGAGAACCGCGAAGGUAUGGCGUUAGGGUCAAUGAUUGAGGUCUGAAAAUGAAAUCGUUGCUACUGUAAUUUUUGAAGAAUCUUCAUUUAGACUAGAACCGUGUUGGAAGAUAAGUGAGGUUUAUUUGAGACAAAGUAAAAUACAGAGAAAACACACGAUUAUCUUUGAGGAAAUUAGCCACGUGGUUUGAGUUUCUCAAGGUCGGAAUGAGCUGAAGCAAUUCUACCUAAAAAUAAGUUGAACUUUUCCUAAACCUUAACUCUACAAUGCUCUUUUAUACAAGAGAAAUCAAAUACAAGGUUAACUUUGAAUCCUGGAAUUGCUUUGACGUACUCUCAAGCUUCCUUCCGAAGACCUUCUUUCCAUCAACAGCCAGAAUCUCUACCACUAAGUUAAACAGAAGUAAGGACGAAUUAGCCAAGUUAAUUUGGUGAAUUGAUUCUCUCAGGUUUUGACUUUGGCCUUCGUCAAAAUGGUCAACGGGUUAUGAAUGUAGAGGUUCCCCUGUGGGCUAAAGGUAGUACCAGGCUCUUCACUUUGAUUCACAGACAGGUACGACCAUCUUGUUUCAUAGCAGCCUUUAACAACUUAUUACUCCUGAUGAUUAAAUAUAUAAAAAAAAAUAUAAAGAAUUUAUCUGCUCUUCUUCUUGUGUUUUGUCGAAUUCUGCUUGCCGUUCUUGGCAAUUUUCUUUGUGAAAUGGCGUCAGUUUACUUCUUAUUUUGACACGAUAAAAGCCGAAGGAGUUGCGAGACAUCGAUCCUAGACCCCAGACGGUGGACCAGUCCAAAAACUGUUGGUUCGUUCCCCAGACCAGAUCAACACUCAGGGUUUUACAAUAACUGAUGAGAAUGUGCUUCCUUUGUUAAGGCAUCCGAAAAUGGCUAGAAAUUCCAUUAUUCUUGGAUUAGGGUGAUAAACCUUAGAUAAACCGUCUCCUGUGUCUUCUUUGUACUGAUCAGCGGGGGACGUUCAAGAACCCACGCACUUCUCGCAAAGAGUUUUUGUUCAUAUAGGCCAUCAUUUGAACCAGCUUUAAAGCUGAACUGGUCCAGCCUGUCUACAUGUCGCAAAUAAGUAAUAUAAUAAAUAAAUAAGUAAAUAAAUGAAGCAAAAUUUUGAGAAAGUCUAAUUACAAUGAAAUAAUUUGUUAUAGAAUUCAUUUUUGAGUGAUCAUGUUUAUUUGAUUAUUUACUUGUUCCACAGUCCUUGGAAUCGGAGUAUGUUUCGCAAAACCUCAACCACUGGAUCGACCUUGUGUUUGGUUACAAACAAACAGGACGAGAAGCUAUAGAAGCCAUCAACGUAUUUCACCCAGCUGUAAGUUGAAGUAGUCAGUGCCAUCGCAUUUGUCGAUAGUAACAACCUUUAGAAUUUUUAAGGGUGUUCGACGAUAAUGUGGCUGUCCGAGAGAACCAGUCAAUUUAAAAACAGGUGCACAACACACUCCUUAAUAACGGAUACCACUCAAGAAGAUGCUAAUCUGGCCAGAUACUUUAAACCAUCAAAUUAGUUAGCUUUACGAGUGGUUCGAUUUGGCCAGCCAGUUAUGACGGUUGGAAAAAAGUAAAAGAACAGCAAGUUAUUCAUUUGUUAGGUAGACUGUUCUAAAAUCUCGUCGCACCAAAAACAUAGAACUUUGUCUGUAAGAGUGCUUUACACGACUUUCAAUAACUUUCUGACAAGCCAGGUCUCUUAGUAGGCUCAUGUGUCAUUUUUAACCUUUCAGACAUACUAUGGUGUAGAUGUGAAUGCAAUUACAGACUCUGUUCGUCAGAAAGCUCUCAAGACUAUGAUAGAAACAUACGGCCAGACUCCCCAGCAACUGUUCACAUUUCCUCACAACCCACGACCGCUGUGCCAACCGCAGCCUUCGACAUCCGGGGAGGGAAGUUCUUUGGUUAGUCAUUCAAGUCACACUUUUAAGUUUAGGGACAGUGAACUAUACGGUGCUUUGUUGUUAAACCGGCUGAGCACAUCACUGUCAUCUGAUACUGGCACUCUUGUGGGCAGCGCUGUUGACACUCUAACAGGUAAGUUUACAGGUCUUACAUUAUCCACUGUUUCUUGCUCUGGUCCUCCUUGUAUUAAUAAUCAAUCGAUUGGUUCCACACUACCAAAAAACAAGAAUCCUCUUUUUGCAGUUUCUCUAACGUACUUUGUGUUUGAUAUUUUUGCUUUAUUUUUACCAUCAUGUUUUAUUUGGCGGUUAUUUUGUUGAUUCUCUGUUUAUAUAAUUUGAACAUGAACUUAAAAUUGUGUUUAGUAACGUAAACAACUGAUUAGUCUUUUUUCACUAAAAUUAUCUUCUGGUUAUUCCACAAACAGAAUCGGACUAUAUUUUUCACGUUUGUAAUUUCUACAGAAAUUCGACAGCCAGUAAACACAGUCGAGGGCCUAAAAUGGGGACAAUAUGUGGGUUCUCCGGCUAUGGGUGCCCCAGCAAUGAGAUUUACGCAACCGUUGAACACCUCCGUUCAAUCUCUGGUCUGUCUCAAGAAUGACUCUGUCUUUGUCCUGGGUCACAACUCUACCUUGUUGACCGUGCACCAAGCAAAGCCAGGGGAGAGUGAAGAAAGAUUGAUUUGGUCCGCGGUAUUGAGUUGGGGGUACAUGGAUGGAGGUGUACGCGUGUGCCCAUCCCCUGAAAGCGCGCCUGUCUGUCUCAUGGAACACCACACACCUGACAAGGUAGAACCUGUGGUAGAAGAGUUUUAAUUAUAUGGAAUUCUGCAUGUAUUGAUCGACUGAACGCUUGAUACCGAAUUUUAUUCGGGUUUUAUUUUCGUGUAGAUCACGUGUUGCGUUGUGACUGACGGAUGUAAGUUGUUGUUCAUCGCUACAUCGACUGGCACGUUAUCAGUGCUGCCUGUCAAGUACAACCCAGCUGUGGUAGGUCACUGCAUUAAGAUUUAUCUUGACACUGAAUUUUUUUUUAUUUUUUUUUUUUUUUUUUUUUGGGGGGUUGGUGGGUGGGCUGGGUUGUAUUAUUGCAUCGCUCCAUAUGAAUCUGCGCGACAUAUGCAGCUACCACUAAGAUAUAAAGAGGAACGUUGAUAUGGAGACUGAGGUGCUGCGUCCUUGGGGGAGGGGGGGUGUGUUAGGAAAUUAUGUAAAUCGGGCAAUGUUAAGAGUUUCUGAAGCUGACGUUUCGAGCGUUAGCCCUUCGUCAGAGCGAAAGGUAUGUAGCGUAAUGUAAUAGUAAGGUAGCUUGGGGAGUAAACAAGGGAGAGGUUUGGGUCGGAUCUGUUUAUUACCCGACCGAAACCUCUCUCUUUUUUUUUAUUCUUCCACUACUUCAGCGCUGUUUACUAUCGCAACUCUUUUUACCUUCUGAAACUCUGGAAAGACUUCUAGUAAGGAAUGUCUUUACGUUGUCAAAUUUACAUAAUCACCUCAAACCAAAUUCUUUUGUGAUACCUCCCAGCGACACAGCACUACAGUUUCUUCAGAGACACUCGUCCCCUUUAUCUGCAGGUUGCGUACGUCGCAUAACAGUUUCAGAACAGUAACUGAUGUUUUCAAAUUACAUUGGUACAUGUAAAAACUGAGUUCAACUUGUAGAAAUAGGAUCAAGGUCAGUGUGAGCAGCAUAAUAUCGGCACGACAGUAGCUUUUGUUACUGAUGAGUUGACGCCUAAAAUGGAUAGUUUUUCCUUUUUGUUAACACUUUUUCUCCAACUUAAAAAUUUAAGCCUUAAAUACUUCCUAUUUUUAGGAAAGAAAUUACUGUUGAUGGGCGAGUCAUUAAUUGAAAGUUUAAUCUCGAAUUGCUGCCCUAUUAAAAGGUAUCUCUUGUUUGCGAAUCGAAAUACAAAUGUUGUCACCCAAUAUUGCAGGAAACCGGUAUGGAAGUACUGGGUUCGAGAGUUCGUCUUCACGGACAUAAGGAUUACAUCACAUGUAUGAAGUUGUGUCAAGCCUUCAGUAUUGUUGUCAGUGGUAGUUGGGAUACGACGGCCAUCAUUUGGGAUUUGAAUAGGUAAGAUUUUUCUUAGGACGUAACAGUUUUCAAGUCCCAGUGGCGGAAUUGAUAUUAAUUUAAAUAAUGCGAAAGCCUGUUUUCCAAAUUUUUAGGGAAGGCACUAAUUGUCCCAAAACAUACUCAAGCGAUCGGGACGACAAGGGAAAUUUUUAAAUGAGUAUCGAAUGCAAUCUAAGAUUCGUCUGGUGUUGCUUUACUUGCUCUAUGUUUGGUCAAACAAACCUACGAGACACUUUCAACAAACCAUAUGUAGAAGUAGAUGAUGUAGUAGUUUUUUUUGGCAAUUUUUUUAGAAUUUAAAGCUGAAACAGUACAUGUGUGGUUGAUGUUUUUAUCAUUUGUUCUUUAUUUCCUGUUGUUGUUUUGUGUCUGUAUGUUUUUGUUUUGUUUUGUUUUGUUUUUUUUGGUUCCCCCAUUCAUAUAUCUCCUUUUUCUUAACUUGCUUGUGUGAUGCAUUGAUGACCAAGAAAAAAAAUAGAAUUUCAUUAUUAGCCCUAUAUGCAAGUUACACUAAUCCUAGCUUGUUCUAAUUUUUGUGUUCGGAUGCUCUGACAACCGAGCUAUCGAUACCUUACUGGCAUGCAGAGGCAUACAACAACCUCAAUUUCUUCUCUAGGUCACUUUUUAGUAUUUCGAAGCAUUAAUCCAUCAGCUGCUGGUAAUUGUUUCUUUUGUCCUUCUCUGUAGGUUAAGUUACGUGAGAUGUUUGGAACACCCCAACACCGUGGCAGCCGUAGCUAUCAGUAAAACCACAGGAGAUGUAGUAACAGUUUCACAUACAAGUACGGUUUUUAGAUAGAUCGUUGUCAAGAAUUGAAAUGAGAAUUCUUCCCGGUUUCUCCAAGACUAUCAGUGAGAACUACAUUUUUUAAUCAAAGGAUGACCUUCCUAAUGUCCUAACCUUAACUGAGUUCCUUAACUGCGGAAGGUUUCCCUAGCGUGGAAAAAAUUAUGUAACUGUUCGUGUAAUCAGGUGCCCUGACAAAUGUUACCUCGGUUGUAACGCAACCUAUAUAUGGGAGGACUGCGUGACGAAGAAACAUGGUAACAGUCAAAAUGUCGCAAUAUAGCCUGCCUCACAACUCAUCCAUAGCUCAAAGAUAGUUGAACAGACUCUUGCGUGGCAGAAUAUUGAGCAAAGAAUAUACAGCUUUUUCGUUUAUAUUAUAGUGAAGUACAUGUCUGAAGAGAGCACUAUAGAGGAAGGAAGCGUAAUUAAACUAUGGACAGUCAAUGGUAGGUUCAUUGGCCAAGCCUCUUGUGAGUACUUGAUCAACUGCUUGGAAUUUUCCGCUGCACCUGAGGGAAUAUCUGUUAAUGUCAUCGCCACUGGACUAAGCAAUGGAGCCAUAAGGUGAGCAUGCUGCCCUGGGGAUACCGUCCCUUCCUUUCUUCAUAGCCUCAAACCCCCCCCCCUCCUCCGUCUCCCCCCCUUCCGCUUCAUGAUAUUAACUCGUCCAUGUAAAGUUGUGCAAAAAUUAACUUUAUGCUUUCAAAAUAAUGUUCUUCAUCUGGCCUCUGGCAGGUUAUGGAGCACUUGGGACCUAAGCCACGUACAGGACAUUGUACUUGAUCAGUAUCUCAACCAAGUGGCGAGGUUGCGUAGUUUUUAUUGUUUUGAGAUUUCUUAAUUUGCAUCUGUCCGUUUCAGUGGUUGUUGAUUAAGAUUUCUAACCGGUCAGAGAGCAGUAUUCAGGUCACAUGAUUACAACGGAGAUUUCAGAUCCACAUAAAGUUGUCAACCAGAAUGAAGCGUGUUUAACUGUCAGGAACAAUAAAGAAUAAGAUGUCUCGAGAAUUGAAUAUUUGUAUGAAAACAGGAAGUCCUUAUUCUGCAAUUUAAGUUUUCCUUUCUAACCACGUGACCUGUAUGUCGCUCUCUGAUUGGCUAGUAACCCUGUAUGUCAAUUUUCAUAAUAUCUAGUCGUUGAUUUGUUUUUGUAGGUGUAUUAGAAUGAUCAGUGCAUGGAUACAUCAUGAUAUCUUAUGCCAUUUUGACAAUGUUAGAGAACUCCUCUGAAUAGGGAAAAGAAAUCUAUUGAUGGAGUUAUGCCUAAUUUAUCAAGAUUGGUAAGACGAGGUGAAUUCUUUCAAGUGUUAUAUUAUGUUAUUUUUUCAUCUUCUUUCAGCCUGACUUUUUCAGAAGACAGUCAACAACUUUUUGCUUUGAACACCGACGGGAAACUCAUCGCAUGGCAACGGAGCGAUAAAAUUUAUACCAAGCAUCCGACGAUAACCGUAUUCCCUCGAACUUAGACGUCAUCUUUAUUUCCCCAGCUCAGUCUUAAAAUACAGUCUUUACAAAAUAAUACUCGAAAGAUAGAGUUUGAUUUCCUAUGCCUUAAGUUAAAGAGCUAAAGAUGAAUUACGAUACAAAACUUGAUUUUGUCAGUGACAGGUUUCAAGAAAUUUUCCCUCAAAUAGUAAUUAUUGUCAUUGAGCUACAAUUUAUUUCUUAUAUGCAAUAACCAACGUGUUCAACUCUUGGGUCAUAUGAUGUUACACGACAAAAUACACAGCCCGCCGAGACCUAGAAAUUUUGCCGUUUAUUCGUAAGGAAUCUUUGCGAUCGGGAGCGAAUUUUUUUUGAACUGGUACAUUUUAACUUCUAUUAUCUAUCGUUGUAGAUAUCACUUUAAAUAUAAACAUUGCAAUUUGAAAACAUGAAUUAAAUAUAUAAACCGUUUCUUUUCUCAUUAAGAAGUGUCUAUAUUUGAUGAGAAAAGAAAGAGUAUAAAUAUUUGAUACAUAUGUUCAAAUUGCAACGUUUUGUAGCGGGCAUAGUUAUAUAUCGUGUAGUCAAUCCCCACGACAAGAGAAUCAUGGCACAGAUACUUGAUAAAACAGAUGUCUUUUUAAGUAUGUAGAGCAAAAUUAUUUUGGUUACUACCUUUUUUAAUCAUAAUUCCACUGGGAAAUGGUAACCUUUUUCUCGGGGAGGUAGCUGCAAGCAAGAAUAAAAAAAUGGACUGAAAUUACUUAGGUAGAUUUUCAUAGCAAUAAGCAUGUCACUCAAAACGUUGGUGUAAUGUGUCCUCCUUGAAAUUAACGUUUUUUACAAUGUUUUUUUGGAAAGAAUCUUCACUGAAUGUGGUUCUUGAAAAAGGAGACGAGAAAAUAUUUCUUUGAUAAUAAAUUUAAAGUCAUCCAAGUAAAUUGAAGCGAAUGGAAAUUGUGUACAUUUUACGUUAGGUAUGUGUACUAUAGAUGUGUAAUUUAACUUCAGAAUUGAAAUAUUUUUCAUUCCCAAAAUAAAGAAAUUAUGACAAGAUUUUGCAGAAAUUUGACCAUUUUCAUUCACCUACAUUAUCAAUGCAAGCCAUGAUUUUAC